AUGACCACACAAUCCACAUCAGCAGAGACACAAGAUCAACCCACCACAUGGAGCUGCGCCUCCUGCAACGCAUCUUUUCACCGAAUUGACCACUACAAGCGUCAUAUUGCAUCCCAUAGCGCGGACAAGCCAUUUAAAUGCGACUUUUGUGCCUCUCGCUACAAACGAGGGGACGUUCUUCGCCGACACUGGAAAUCCUGUCCCGCACGCCACCAGGCCGGUUAUGCAAUCCCAGAGCCCCGAACAGGCGGUAAAGAACGACAUGCAUGCGAUGCUUGUGCACGACUGAAGAAAUUAUGUGAUGGAAGUAAGCCGUGCUCGGAGUGUGGGGUCAAGGGGAGAGAGUGCACUUACCGGCGAGUUGAUGAGGGUACUGAAGGGACGGUCGUGCAGAGCGAACGCCUUCCAGGACCGCACCUGGGCUCCGGGUCUGGAGAGGAUCCCGCCGCCCUGCCGUGGAGUUUAGGACCGGGGAGCUUUUACUCGCUACACGCUGCGAAAGAAAGUACCUAUAGGUACAUGAAGUGA